AUGACUCAGAGUGGGGAGGCCGACGGACUCCUGCAGGAGACUGUAGGCGACGUGGACGCUGGAGGACCGACGCAGCUUCGUCGCCCUGGCCGGCACGUCCUCCAAGAGGCUCACACACCCACCAACUCCUCCGGCCUCAGGACCAGAGCUAUAUUAGACUUUACCAAAUCCUUCCACGUGGGUUCGAGUUGCCAGAACAUCCAGGAGACGCAGGGAGCCACCGAGAGUGGCAUCUACCUCAUCCACCCGCCAAAUCUAGUCCAGGGUCCCUGGAAGAUCUUCUGUGACCUCCAGAGUGAGGGUGGCGGCUGGACAAUCUUCCAGGUGAGGGACGACGUGGAGCCUCAUGAGAACUUCAUGCGGGGCUGGGACGACUACAAGGUCGGCUUCGGCGACUUCGACAGAGAGUUCUGGCUGGGCAAUAUCCUGCUGUGGGCGCUCACUAACGUGGACAACCAGACCCGGUACGAGCUGCACGUGGAGCUGCACGACUGGUCCGGCAACACGCGCUUCGCUCGCUACCGGGGCUUCCGGGUCGGACCUGAGUCAGACGCCUACCGCCUCUACCACGCCAAUGUUUACUUUGGCAACGCCGGAGACUCCCUGUACUCUCACAACGGUCUGCCCUUCUCCACCUUCGAUGUUGACAACGACAGUCGUGAUGGAGACUUCGUAGAGCGAAGCUGCGCCCGACUCUACAAGGGCGCCUGGUGGUACGGCAACUGCCACGAUGCCAACCUCAACGGGUGGUACCUGGGCGGGCCGCACCGGUCCUUCGCUGACGGGGUCAACUGGUACACCUGGACCGGCUACAACUACUCUCUCAAGCGCACCGUCAUGAAGUUCAGGCCACAGAGCACUGGACCCGGCCCCGUGGACUCCGACACUCACGGCAUCACCAGCCGUCAACGGAGUCUGGACUUCACCCCGGUACACAGCCAUCCCGGCACCCUGGACGAGGGAGACGGCCGCCACCACGUCCCGGAGAUGAUGGCCUCAAGCAACACGCUCUCCAGACCCGACGACCACGAGCUGUGACGCUCUACAGACCCGACGA